AUGGUCAGCACCAAGGAUCCCAAGUAUCCAAAAGGAAUAGUGCUUAAAGAAUACAAUAGUGCUUGGAUGGAUAUUAAAAGUAAACCUAAGAAUGAAAUUGAAAAUACUAUAAAACACCUAAUUAAAAGUGCUGCUCCUACUAUCCUAGACAUAAAUCCUCUUCAAAAUUUCAAUGCAGCUAUUCCAAUUCAAAAUCAAAUAAUUGAGGAAAUCAUUAAAAAAGUAGCAGAAACUAUUACUAAAAUAAAUGAUGAAAUUGCAGAAUGUCAAAAGGUUUAUAAUUCUAUAACUGAUUCAAAAGCUCAAUAUAAACUAAUGAAUCGCAUAAAAGACUUUAAGAAAGCUCUUAAUACUAAAGACAAAAAAGAGAAAAAAGACCAGGAUUUAAAAGAACAUCAACAGGUCGUAAAGUAUGACUCGCCUGGAUGUUUUCCUUUUCUACACAAGUACCUGGACCUACUAGAGCACAUUCAUGAGAGCAUAGAGUUUAGGGCUGCUGAUAGCAAAAGAAGAAUAGAGGGAAGAACAUUAAGAUACACAUUAUUGUUUUGCCUUUGUAAAGGUGGCAAGACAAUUUGCUUCUCUUUUCCAGCUUUGUCAGUGAUUGUGUCACAAGAUGAUAAAGCCAAGGUUCUCCUCAGCAUUUCUGCUGUUGGAAAGACUUUUCAAGUCAUGCAAAGUUUCAAUGAGCCGGUCAUAAUUCUGAACCACAACUUUCCUGUUGGCUCACAACAGAAACUUGUUCUAUUUGUUUACCUCAUAAUUGAUCUGAGUGACACAAAUGAUAAACUUCGUAGUGGACAGCUAUCUAUAUACAUCUGUCCACAAUAUGAGCCUACUUUAUUAAUUACUUCAGGUCAAUCAGCAUAUAAUCCUGUUGAAAGGGCUAUGGUGUCUCUUUCAGCAAAACUUGCAGGUAUAACUCAAAGUGUUGAUAAACACAGCUCUCAUCUUGACUCACAAGGUAAAGUCAUCAACCUGGAGCUAGCAAGAAAGAAUUUUAAGCAUACAGGCGACACCCUUUGUGAACUGUGGAGAUGGGACAAUAUAUUCAGAAGGCCGGUCAUGACUUAA